UAAUGGCUGUAUAUUUUUAUCGGUGAAUACGCGCGGGAAGGCGGAAGUAGAUAUACGCCACUGUGCAAGUAUUAGAGUGGAUUUGAAUAUCUCUACUUGUUAACAACUGACAUUAUUUGUAAUGGACGGAUCGCGUUAAAUCUGAUAAAAGAUGAAACUCCACAUUGUUAACAUACUGGUAAUACUGUUCGUAUGUAACUCCGUGGUGUUGGGUUGCGGCAGAGGAAGAAGACGUGGCCGUAGUUGCCCACCUCGGGAUAGGACCAGACCAACUAUAAAAUGUCCACCAAAUAUAGAAGCAGUUGCAGAUCCUUUCCAAAUUAACACAAAAGUAUGGUGGGACGAACGGACCAUCUCAGCCAACGACAAUCGAGAUGGCCCGAUUACGCCUGUAAGAUCUGGAAAAGCACCUGGAAAACUGUUUUCAGGGACUACGAGAAUAAGAUAUACUGCAAAGGACAAGGCAGGCAACUACGCUUCGUGCUCAUUCUAUAUAAUUGUAAAAAUUUUGGUAUGUCCCACAUGGGGCGAAAUUCAAGAUGGCUGGAAGAUUUGUCACGUGAGUUAUCAAAUGCGACGCGGAAGUGUGUGUCGGUUUGGUUGCUAUGGAGGUCACGAGCUGGUUGGCCCAUCAAAAACUACAUGUUUGGACUCGGAACAAUGGGACACGGCAACUCAACCUUACUGUCAAAAACUUCAAUGCAGUGAGCUUCUCCCUUCUGUCGGCCAAUAUGGCGUCGUUGAUAUUUCCUGCACCGACAAUAACUUUUACCGAAGUAAGUGUUCAUAUAACUGCAAGGAUGGUUACAGCAUUCUCCCCGGGCACAGCAAGGUUCGAGUCUGCAACGAGUAUGGCAACUGGAGGGGUUGGAUGCCUGUGUGUGAAGAUACGUCGCCGCCAGUGUUUCAAGAUUGCCCGUAUGUAAAGGUUGGGUACGCCGAGCGAUCAAAAACUUCCGGAAGAGUCUGGUGGAACGAACCUCAUGCCACGGACAACAGUGGAAUCGUUAAUACGAUUCGAAUAUCAGGUCCUGGAUCUGGAACUGAGCUUGACGUUGGCGAGCAUACCGUCACAUACAUGGCUUCUGAUGCUGCAAAUAAUACUGCCAUCUGCGAGUUCAAUGUUGUCGUAAAACAGAUAAAGUGUCAUAUGAUUUACCCUCUACCAUACACUGCCGUCGUUUGCCCGACAGGAAGAAUAUUUGGAUCGUCUUGUGAGUUCACUUGUGACAAUGGUACUGCGUUGAAUGGCCCUGCGCAUGCGCAGUGUGAUAAGACAGGCGAAAUUGUUCCAUAUGGUAGAUGGACAUUCAUGAACAACCAGCCAUACUGUGAAAAUAUUAACACGUGUCCAGCACUCCGUGCACCUGAUAAUGGAGCGUUGGCUUGUGACACGUGGCUGCAAGGAAAGUUCUGUCAAAUUUUAUGUGAAGAUGGAUACUUGGUUAUGGACGAUUCAGAAACACAGGGGAAUGAAGUAUCUGUGCAAAAGAACCUACUCGUGUGCGGAGAUUCUGGUAAUUGGUACAUAUCUGCAACGAUUCCAAAUUGUCAAGAGGUUGAUGGGAGAGCAUCGGCUUUCUUUAAACUCAAGUUCGAGUACUAUUAUUAUGAGGGACCUUGUGACGAGGCUAGAGAAGAUAUUAAGAAUAAGUUCAUUGAAGCGUUCAAUAGAGGCACUGGACAAGACUGUCAACAAAAAUGCUCUGUCAGUAAAGUUAAAAUCAUUUGCGGAAACAGAAUUGGGGAUUCAAGCAGGAAAACGAAAAAGCACUGACCCGACAAUUACGUUCACAGUGACAGUAGAACUCUCAAACGACUUGUCAGCGACGGAAAAGCGCAAUUACUAGAAAUUCUAUUAAGAAUUCCGUUUCUAAGGCUACCGAGAACGAUGACUUACAAUUUGGAAAUUGAUGGCUUCUCGGCCGAGUCCCCGACAACAAGCGUUUCUCAUAUUGAGGGCGAGUGUUCAAC